CGGCUGACGUGCCCAGUGAGUGCGAGAGGGAGCGAGAAAGAGAGACAGGUUAGCCAGCGACACACACACACACACACACAAACACAGUUCCCCGUCAACAGAUUACUUACUAUAUCGAACACCGAUUUCAAAUACUGGGGCUGAUGAUGCCGAGAGAAGAGUUGCGUUGGCUGCUGCUUUGGAUGCUGGCGAUGGGAACCGGGGCACAGUCUGUCGAUGAUGUCUCCGAAGAGGAGGUUACCUACGACCUGUUCGCCAUCAGCAACGUGAACAGACACACGGCUGGAGUGAAGCUCUUUCGAGGCCCCGACCGCAACAACCCGGCUUUCCGGUUCAGCCGGUUCGACCAGAUACCGGCAGCCUCCGGGGAGAAGUUCGGGGAGAUCGUGAGGCUCAUGCAGUACCACGAGGGCUUCAUCCUCUGGGCCAGCGUUAGACAGGACCGGAACAGCCAGGGGACAUUACUGUCCAUCGAGGGUCCGGGUUACAAGCGGCAGCUGGAGAUCAUCUCCAACGGACUGGCCAACACGCUGGACUUCCAGUACACGGUGGAGAGGUCCCAGAACCUGGUCUCCUUCCAGGAUGUGGACAUCGCUGAUUCCCAGUGGAAGAACAUCACCAUCCAUGUGAGCGGAGAGAAUGCCAACCUGUACGUGGGCUGUGAACUUGCUGAUAGCUUCAUCCUUGACGACCCGUUUUACGAGCAAUUGACCUCAACUAACAGCAGGCUCUACGUGGCGAAAGGACUCACGCCGGGAAAGAACUUCAAGGGCUUCCUGCAGAACGUCCAGUUCAUUUUUGGCGCGUCCAUAGCGGAUGUUCUCAGGAGUAAAGGCUGCUUUCAGCCAGCCGAGGCCAUGAGCAGUCACGAAAGCCACGAGUUCACAGCGGUCAGCCCGGCUAUGAAAAAUGAGUUCAUUGGCCAGAAAACCAACAAAGUGGUGGAUUUCUGUGACCACUCCUGCUCUGACAUUGGAAACAUGUUUAAAGAGCUUAAUGGACUAAGGGUUCUUGUGAGCACUCUGGCUGACGGACUAGUUAAAGUGACAGAAGAAAACGUGAUAAUCCGGGACAUCCUGGAGGAGUCGCUGAAGAAGGUGCGCCCAGGGCAAUGUUGGCACAGCGGGCGGCUCUUCGACAACAAUGAGGAGUGGACGGUGGACAGCUGUACGAAGUGUACAUGCCAGGACUUCAGUAUCAUCUGUGGCCGAAUCACCUGCCCUCCUGUGUCGUGUGCCAGCCCCUCCUUCAUCGAGGGCGAGUGCUGCCCCUCCUGUCUCCUCAAGGACAGUGCGAAUGGCUGGUCGCCAUGGUCAGAGUGGACAGAGUGCUCAGUGUCCUGUGGCACCGGAACGCAGCAGCGGGGAAGGUCCUGUGAUCCCACCAGCAGCCGGUGUGAAGGCCCCUCGAUUCAGACCAAGUCCUGCCAGCCGGCGGAGUGUGACAAACGCAUUCGUCAGGACGGGGGCUGGAGCCACUGGUCGCCGUGGUCUCCCUGCUCGGUAUCCUGCGGAGACGGCAUCACCACCCGCAUCCGCCUCUGCAACUCGCCCGUGCCGCAGCUCGGCGGGCAGGACUGCCAAGGAAACGGUCGGGAGACAAAGCAGUGCAUGAAGGCCCCGUGCCCCAUUGAUGGUAACUGGAGCCCCUGGUCCCCUUGGUCAGCCUGCACGGCCACCUGCGGCGGCGGACUCCACGAGCGCAAGCGGAACUGCAACAACCCUGUGCCCAAGUAUGGCGGCAAGAAGUGCUUGGGAGACACCAAGGACAGUAAGAUAUGCAACAAGGAGCCCUGUCCCAUAGAUGGAUGCCUGUCCAACCCCUGCUUUGCUGGAGUACAGUGCAGCAGCUCCCCUGAUGGCUCCUGGGAGUGCGGCCCGUGUCCCGCUGGUUACCAAGGCAAUGGCACCUUCUGCGAGGACAUCGACGAGUGUGACGAGGUCCCUGACGCGUGCUACCAGAUGAAUGGUGUCCAGCGUUGCAUCAACACAGAGCCAGGAUUCCACUGCCUGCCCUGCCCGCCGCGUUACCGAGGCAACCAACCAUUUGGCCUUGGAGUUGAAGCAGCCCAAAAGGACAAGCAAGUCUGUGAGCCUCACAACCCGUGCAAGGACGGUUCCCACAAGUGCCACAGGUACGCCAGGUGCACCUACCUGGGCAUUUUCAGUGAGCCCAUGUACAAGUGCGAAUGCAGAAUAGGAUAUGCCGGUGAUGGCAUCAUUUGCGGAGAGGAUUCUGACCUGGAUGGCUGGCCCAACGAGCAACUGGCCUGCUCGGCCAAUGCCACCUACCAAUGCAAGAAGGAUAACUGCCCUCACCUGCCCAAUUCUGGGCAAGAAGACUUCGACCGGGACGGAGAGGGAGAUGCCUGUGACAAGGACGAUGACAAUGAUGGGAAGAAUGAUGACCGAGACAAUUGCCCUCUGCUUUACAAUCCCAGGCAGUUUGACUAUGACAAAGAUGAUGUAGGCGACCGAUGUGACAAUUGCCCGUAUGACCACAACCCGGCGCAGAUUGACACGGACGGAAAUGGCGAAGGCGAUGCCUGCUCCGAGGACAUCGAUGGGGACGGCAUCCUGAAUGAGGGCGACAACUGUCCCUAUGUUUAUAACACUGAGCAGAGGGACACUGACAAGGAUGGUGUUGGAGACAUGUGUGACAACUGCCCGCUUAUGCAUAACCCUGACCAGGAGGACUCCGACUCGGACCUGGUGGGCGAUCAGUGUGAUGACAAUCAGGAUAUCGAUGAGGACGGCCACCAGAACAACCUGGACAACUGCCCGUACAUCGCCAACUCCAACCAGGCCGACCACGACAAGGACGGGAGGGGAGACGCCUGUGAUCCUGACGAUGACAACGAUGGAGUCCCUGAUGAGAAGGACAACUGUCGCCUUGUCCCCAACCCUGACCAGUUAGAUGCUGACGGUGAUGGUCGAGGGGACGCCUGUAAGGACGACUUUGAUAAUGACAGCGUCCCAGACAUCUACGACGUGUGCCCUGAGAACAGCGCCAUCAGUGAGACUGACCUGAGAAAUUUCCAGAUGGUCCACCUGGAUCCUAAAGGGACAACGCAGAUCGAUCCCAACUGGGUGGUGCGUAACCAGGGCAAGGAGCUGCUGCAGACCGCCAACUCUGACCCCGGCCUGGCUGUUGGCUUCGAUACGUUCAACGCCAUCGACUUUAGCGGCACCUUCUACGUCAACACAGACCGCGACGAUGACUAUGCCGGCUUCGUCUUUGGCUUCCAGUCCAGCAGUCGGUUCUACGUGGUGAUGUGGAAGCAGGUCACCCAAACCUACUGGGAGGAGAAGCCUUCCAAGGCCCAUGGAUACGCCGGCGUCUCCCUCAAGGUUGUGAACUCCACCACGGGACGGGGAGAGCAUCUGCGCAAUGCUCUCUGGCACACUGGAAACACCCCGGGACAGGUCCGAACUCUGUGGCAUGACCCCAAGAACGUUGGCUGGAAGGAUUACACCGCGUACAGAUGGCACCUGAUUCACCGGCCCAAAACAGGCUUCAUCAGGGUGGUGGUCUAUGAAGGUAAACAAAUCAUGUCUGACUCCGGUCCCAUCUACGAUAAGACGUUAGCCGGUGGACGACUAGGGCUCUUUGUCUUCUCCCAAGAAGCCGUUUACUUCUCUGAUCUCAAAUAUGAGUGUAGAGAUAACUAAGCCUUGCCUGUAGCACGGAUGAUGGAACUUCGAACAGGCUGCGCAGCCUGGCCGCCUCAACUCCCGCCCACUCUUUCCUCGCUCUCCCUCCCCGAGUGUAACCUCCGGCCUUCACACCCUCAAUGCCCCUUUGGUUGACUUGUGGUGACCCACCCUCGCUCUGUGCACACUGGCUCUCUGGACGGCCCGGCCCAAACGCAGCAACAGAGACCACAGCGGCUGGAAGCUGGCUGUAUCUCAACAAGUCUCACAGCGUGACUAUACCUAGACAGAGUGAUCAUUUAACACACUUAUACUGCUAAGAUAUCAGGCUGCCUUGAUUGUUCUCUUAUGGCAUGGAAACUGAACAGCGGACUGUUUCUCUUUUAGACGAGAAUCUGAUUUAACAAUGUUUAAAAUGACAUUUUCUGGGAAACAAGAAUGAAUUACAAAAAAAAAGUUUUUAAAACCACUUUGUUUAUAAAUUUUUCUACCACAUUUCACUGCCUGUGCAUAGAAGCUUUCAAGUAUUAACAUUACAAGUGACAGUGUCCAGCAGACACUCGCUCUUUACUGUCUAAUCCUUCAUCUGAUGCGCUAAUUGCUUCCUCAGCUGACCACCACUAGGUGAGUAAACACUAAAGCCAUAGGGGAAAAUCAGGUAACAACCAAUAAUGUAUCUACUUAACCCGAGUAUAUCUGCAGCGAGAGAAUUAUUCUACUUUUGCAUAUUGUUUUUGAAAGUCAUUUUGUUCCAGACGUCGUGGGCUCUAUCAAUGUUGAGCAACGUCCACCAACAAACUUGCAUUCAUAAGAAGCCACUGUACCACUCCCCUUCCUAUCUCCUUCCCCCUCUUCCCUCCCCUUUCCCCGCCGCCUAAUUCUGCAUGAAAACAAUCCCAGUCAAUCCGUAGGUCAAGUUAAAGGUUUGAAGGAACUAAAUUCGCUCCUGUCACCCCCCCCUUCCCUAUCUCCCCUCUCUUUCCUGAUACAUUCCUUUCCCUGCCACCUAAAUUUGCAUGAAGACAAUCCCAAUAGGUCAACCUAAAGGGCAAAUGUCUUAUGCGGAUAAAAGAAAUGGCACUUGUGGUUGGGGGGGAGGUGUGGUGGAAAAGAUGUGAAUAUUUAGAUUGUAUCAUAUUUUCCUAUUUAAUUUAUUUAUGAAUUUUGCCUCAUCCUUUCUCUCUGCCUCUCUAUCUGUCUCUUUCUCUUUCACACAUUCUUUAAAAAUAUGUUUGUGGGGAGCAGUGAAUUUUGCCAAAAACUGUAAAUAAUUUAUUUAUUUGUUUACACUGAAGUAAUAUCAAAAUUUGAAAGCGAAACCUGGCCGACAAACCCUAGUCUUUAUUUUUUGAUUAAUGUUAGGCAAAUAAACUAUCAAAAAAGGCUCAAACAGUGUUCUGUGAGUUAAAACAAUCUGUGUUCAUACGUAAUCUUCAUUAGUUAAAUAAGCAUGCUGAAUUUUGUUUGCUUUGAGCUGUAAAUAGCAGUGGUGUAGUGUAAAGUAGGCCUCUAUUGGUUGGCUUUGCAAUCCUUUAGUCACGGGUAUAGCCCUUCCCAGCAUUGAGCACAUCUACAUGGAGCACUGUCACAGGAAAGUAAAAUCCGUCAUCAAGGACCCCAGCCAUCCAGGCUGCCAUCAAGAAGGAGGUACAGGAGCCUCAGGACCCAAACCAUCAGGUUCAGGAACAGAUAUUACCUCUCAACCAUCAGGCUCCUGAACCAGUGGGGAUAACUUCACUUACUUCAACACUGAACUGAUUCCACAACCUAUGGACUCACUUUCAAGGACUUGACAGCUCAAGUUCUUAAUGUUUAUUACUUUAUUUAUUUAUUAUUAUUAAGUUUUUUUUCUUAUUUGUACUUCCACAGUUUGUUGUCUUUUGCACAUUGACGGUCUGUCCGUCUUUCUUGUGUGUGGUUUUUCAUUGAUUCUAUUGAGUUUCUUUGUACGUGCUGAGAAUGACUGCAAGAAAAUGGAAGUCAGGAUAGUAUAUAGUGAUAUAACUUUGUAGUACUUUGAUAAUAAAUUUACUUUGAACUUCGGAAGUUCUCUGGUCACACCUCGCUGUAAACUGACAUCCCUAUUAGUCUGCUCAAGAAGUUAACCUGAGAGAUUUGGUUCACUGAUUUGAUACUGAAACAAACCUUUCCCAAGUCUAGGAGCAACCCUCUGUUUCCUUGGUUGGACAAGCCAGUGGUGACACAGCAGCAGUAAGCUGGAAGGACUCAGAAUGGCAAUCAGCAUCUGUGAAGACAAAAGGCGGUAGUCGAUGUUUCAGGUUGACACCUCCAUCAGGACUCCCAAUGGAGGAUAUCAAAGUCAAAGUAAAAUCAUUAGCAAAGUACACCACCAUAUCAUACCAUAGGAUUUGUUUUCUUGUGGCCACUUACAGGAAAAUUAAAAAAAUACAACAGAAUUUUUGAACAACUCUACAUAAACUCUGACAAACAACCAAUGUACAAAAGAAGACAAAUUGUGUAAAGAAAUAAUACCGCGAACAUAAGUUGUAGAUCCUUGGAAAUGAGUCUGUAGGCUUUGGAGUCAGUUCGGAGUUGAGGUGAGGGAAGUUAUCCAUGUUGGUUCAGGAACCUGAUAGUUGGAGGGAAAUAACUCUCCCUGAACCUGGUGAUCGCGACUCAAAAUGGUGACUUACAUUGUUUGCUUCUACAGGUGCUGAUUGACCUGCUAAGUUUUUCCAGCGUUCUGUUUCUUUAUGCCAGGUUCCAGCAUCUGCAGUAUAUUUUGUCUUCAGCCAGUAGCCAACCAUUGGCUUCAUUGGAUCAAUCACUUGUCCUGUCAGACUGCAAGCUGGAGGCUAUGCUUUGGACAACAUUCAUCCUUACAAGCCUCGAUCCCCUCAAUCCCCUGCCUUUGAUUGCCAACUCAGACAUUUUUCAUUUGACCUCUUUAAUGAUCUUCUGCCAUCCCCUACAUUUCACAGUGAGAGAGAACAGGGUUAAGAGUAGCAGGAUAUUGGUUAUGCUAGACUCAAACUUAUUGUAUCAGAGCACGGCUUUGCAUUCUAUUGUUUUCAGGAUAAUUUGUCUCCUUUCGUCAGGUUUUGAAGCUUGUCAUGUCUGGUUUCUCUUAUCGCGCACACAUGGUCAUUAACUGUAUACAGCCAAAGGGUGCAGAUUGUUAACAAAGCACAUAAUAAAGUAUUCUUGUAUCAGAGUUGAA